ACCAACAGACGCGUCUAAUGAUUCUAGAUUAUUCUAGCUAGGUGGUUGACGGUGCACAUGGCAAUGACAUUUUGGCGCAAAAGCGUCUUCAAGUUUAAAGAUCCGUUGCGCUAACCUUUUAUAAAGAAUUUUGCAUUGACAGUGCGAUAUUUGUCAUUAUCGGUAGAAUGGAAGCGGCGACUGCAUCGACAGCGAGUCUCAAUGCGGAGGAGGAUUACGACGAUUACACGCCAGCGAAAUUAAUCAAAACAUUAGAGAAAAAUGGCAUUACUGCGGGAGACAUCAAGAAACUGCAGGAAGGUGGUUAUCACACUGUGGAAUCGGUGGCAUACGCGCCCAAGAAGGACCUCAUCACGAUCAAGGGCAUCAGCGAGGCGAAGGCGGACAAGUUAUUGCAGGAGGCCUCCAAGAUUGUUAUGAUGGGUUUCAAAAGUGCCACUGAGAUACAUCAAAUGCGGGCGAACAUCGUUUACGUAACUACUGGUUCGAAGGAGUUGGAUAAGCUGUUAGGUGGUGGAAUAGAGACCGGCUCUAUUACAGAGAUCUUUGGAGAAUUCAGGUCGGGGAAGUCUCAGCUGUGCCAUACCCUUGCUGUGAACUGUCAACUGCCAAUUAGUAUGGGUGGUGCAGAGGGCAGGUGUCUGUACAUAGACACAGAGAACGGUUUUAGACCUGGCAGAUUAAUAGCGGUAGCUGACAGAUACAAGAUCAAGGGAGACUCUGUCCUCGACAAUGUUGCCUGUGCCCGAGCGUACAACACCGAUCACCAAAGUCAAUUGUUAGUUCAAGCCAGUGCCAUGAUGACAGAAGCGAGAUACGCUUUGUUGAUAGUAGACAGUGCGACUGGUCUCUACAGGACAGAUUAUUCAGGCAGAGGUGAGUUAGCUGCCAGACAGAUGCAUUUGGCACGAUUCCUCAGGAUGUUACUACGACUAGCAGACGAGCAUGGUGUUGCUGUUGUUAUAACGAAUCAAGUGGUUGCCCAGGUCGACGGUGCAGCCAGUAUGUUUGGCGGUGAUCAAAAGAAACCGAUCGGUGGUCAUAUCUUGGCACAUUCAAGCACAACAAGAUUAUACUUGCGCAAAGGCAGAGGAGAAACUAGGAUAUGUAAGAUAUACGACUCACCAUGUUUGCCAGAGAGUGAAGCGACAUUUGCUAUAAAUGCGGAUGGUAUAGGUGAUGUUAAGGAAUGAAAGUCGAUCAAAUUGAAUACAUGUGAUGAGCGUAAGAGCAUUACACAAAGUGCGAUUUAUUUCUUUACGUAUUGGACAGGCGAAGUAUCUCUCGUUACGUCGUUAAUUUACAUAUUUGUUAACAGAACCUAAUUAAAGGUACUAAGGAAAAGGUAGUAACAAUAAGAAAUUAUUUAAGUUAAGUAAAAAAUAGAUUAUAUGUGUGUACAGUACUCUCUGAUGUAUGUUAACAAAUUUUAUAUGAUGUUAUAAUCUAAGGCUUUAAACAAUAUAAUAAAUGAUAUGUUUUCUUAUAUGACACAAAAUUAUUGAAAUAUUAAUAUCUUCCGUUUAUUCAAUAACUAAAAAUAGUUUGAAUAUAGAAAAACGAUUAUACAUCAUAUUAUACAUUAUAUUACACAGGAUAUAUACAGAUUGUUUUCCGCAGCUACUAUGAACAUAAUAUAAUAUCAGUUGACCACAAAAAGCAAUAUCAACUGUGCCCGGAAAACACUAAUAACGAAAUUUCCCAUAUGUUAUUCCGCUGAAUGAAUAUUUCUAACAUCUGUUAUAUCGAACAUAUCAAAAUGUGUAAAUUUCAAAAUUGCGCGAAUUCAAAGGAUAGAUAAUGUUUCUCUAAUAAUUCCAAUAAUUGUCAGAAUAAGUUUUAUAAAUAAUACACUUGCGCGCAUUUGAAAGUAUACCUUUCGAGAGUGCCUUUCAAAAAUCAAGUGAAUUAAGAACUCUUUCACAUCUCAAAACUGUUAUAAACUAUUUUGUACUUGUAAAGAACUCAUAUUAUAUAUCGAUUUUUAUGU